AUGAUCGAUGCCGACAAUGACAACUCGCAAAAACGAAGCCACACCGAGUUCGCGCAGCAAGAUGCAUCAGAUUCCUCGUCGGAUGAUGACAUGGGACCUCGACUCCCGUCCGAGCCACGAAAGAAGAAGCGUCGCGUCCUACCCUACGAGAAGCUAUACAUUGCCGCUCUUCCCAAGUCUGCUCGCUAUUCAAGGUCGCUUAUGCACAAAGAGCAGCUGCUCUUCGUGACAUGGACGCCGUUGACCGACUUCCUCAUCACGGUGUCCGUUGAUGGUGUUGUCAAAUUCUGGAAGAAGAUUGCGCAGGGCAUCGAGUUUGUCAAGGAAUUCAAAGCUCACAGCGGCGAGAUCAGAUCUGUGUCGGUAAGCAAGGAUGGCCGAAGUUUCGCUACCGCUGGCAUGGACGAGACAGUAAAGAUCUUCGACGUUGUCACAUUCGACUUGCUCUCCGUGCUGUCACUGAGCCAUGUCCCGAAAAGUGUUUGCUGGGUGCAUCAGAGAGGCGCCUCCAUUCCACUACUCGCCCUGUCAGAAGACUCGGCGCCCUUGAUACACAUCUACGACGGCCGUGGCGAGAAAGAGCUUCCGAUUCACACCAUCAAAGGCCUGCACCGAAGCCCGGUGCACUUGAUGGAGUUCAACGACUCCUACGACUGCGUCGUCUCCAUUGAUGAGAGCGGCAUGGUGGAGUACUGGCGCCCGAGUGGGAAUUACGAAAAGCCGGACAACGUCUUUCAGUACAAAAGCUCGACCAACCUGUUCGAUUUCAAGAAGGCCAAGUCGACGCCCACAUGUCUGACCAUGUCACCGGACGGCAACACUUUUGCCUCAUUCUCGUUCCCAGACCGCAAGAUACGAAUAUUCGACUUUGCUUCUGGCAAACUGCACCGUACCUACGACGAAUCUUUGCAAGCCAACGAAGAUAUGCAACAGACUGGCACUGCUUCUCACAAACUAGACAGCGUCGAAUUCGGCAGGAGGCUCGCUCAGGAGCGCGAGGUUGAUUCCCAGAUGCUGCGAUGCAGAUCCAACAUCAUUUUCGACGAGUCGGGCCAUUUCAUCAUCUACGGGUCUAUGCUAGGCAUCAAAGUCCUCAACACAUACACGAAUCAAGUGGUCAAGGUGUAUGGCAGAGAUGAGAAUUUCCGAGCCGUCAACCUGGGAAUCUACCAGGGCCAGCCGCAAAAGAAGGGCAUAGUCUCGGUGGAAAUGGGCGCAUCGAGUAACCCGCUGUUGCAGGAAGCGGAAACCCGAGACCCGAUCAUCAUCGCCACCGGGGUCGGCAAAGGUCGUUUUUACAUGUUUACAAAUGAAGAGGAUGUGUCCAAGUCGACCAGAGACAUUCAGAACGAGCGACCAACCAUGUUGGGCAAUAAGAAGGAGGGCAAUGCUACAGCCACGGCGACAGGGAGUGCUGCGGUGCUGCAUACCAAUUUUGGCGACAUCCACAUACGCCUCUUUCCCGACGCGGCGCCGAAAACGGUGGAGAACUUUGUGACGCACGCAAAGAACGGCUAUUACAACAACACGAUUUUCCACAGGGUGAUCAAAAAAUUCAUGAUCCAGGGAGGUGAUCCCCUGGGCGACGGCACGGGUGGAGAGAGUAUCUGGGGCAAGGAAUUUGAAGACGAAUUUAGCAGCCUGAAGCACGACAAGCCCUUCACUGUGAGCAUGGCCAAUGCUGGGCCCAACACGAACGGGAGCCAGUUCUUCAUCACUACGGAGAAGACGCCCUGGCUUGAUGGCAAGCAUACCAUCUUUGGACGAGCGACCCAAGGCUUUGAUGUUAUCCGAAAAAUUGAGAGCAUUAGGACCUACAAAGAGAAACCCGAAGAGGAUGUCAAGAUUCUCAAUAUCGACAUAAUGUAG